GAGGAGGGAGUCAGUGAUCCUCUACGGUGCAACAUUGUCUCGGCAAGUAACCUCUCUCCAGCGUGGCACUGUCUCUGAGGAGCAGCGGACGUGCGGGCUGUGUUCGUAGCGGAUGAAAGGUCGAUUUCUUUAACGAAAUAUAAACAGUGAGAACUCGUAUGCAACUCUCGUGAGGAUUCACAGAUUCAUAUCGGUGUUAAAAAAAAACGUGGGAUUUUGGUUCAUUUCCUCGACGGGCCCGGAUACAGCUUGAUACCCAUAGAGAGACUCAACUCAGGUCCUUUCGUCCUGACAUGGACACAGGAAUUGUACCAGAAAAGAAAAGGGUGAGCUCGGAGCGGAGGAAGGAGAAGUCGAGGGAUGCGGCGCGAUGCCGGCGCGGGAAGGAGUCAGAGGUGUUUUACGAGCUGGCCCAGGAGCUGCCACUGCCCCACAGUGUCAGCUCCAGCCUGGACAAGGCCUCAAUAAUGAGACUCACCAUCAGCUACCUGCGCAUGAGGAAACUGCUCAACACUGAUGAGCCAAUGAAAGACGAGGAAACAGACCUGGAUCUCCAGUUAAACAGCUCCUACCUAAAGGCUCUGGAGGGUUUUCUCAUGGUGCUGUCUGAAGACGGAGAUAUGAUCUAUCUCUCGGAGAAUAUCAACAAGUGCCUUGGGCUGGCACAGUUUGACCUGACUGGACACAGUGUGUUUGACUUCAUACAUCCCUGUGACCAAGAUGAGCUGAGGGAGAUGCUGGUCCACAGAACAGGCUCCAAGAAGGCCAAGGAACCAAACACAGGGCGCAGCUUUUUCCUCCGAAUGAAGUGCACUCUCACAAGCAGGGGCCGCACCGUCAAUGUCAAAUCAGCUACAUGGAAGGUGCUCCACUGCUCAGGACAUGUCCAUGUAUAUGACAGCCACACUGAGGAGAGUACCAACGGGCAAAAAGAGCCACCUAUCCCCUAUUUGGUUUUGAUCUGUGACCCCGUCCCACACCCCUCCAACAUUGAGGUCCCACUGGAUAGCAAGACCUUUCUCAGCCGCCACACAAUGGACAUGAAGUUCACAUAUUGUGACGAGAGGAUCACUGAACUCAUGGGUUAUGAUCCAGAGGACCUGUUGAAUCGUUCUGUGUACGAGUAUUAUCACGCUCAGGACUCAGACCAUCUCACCAAGACUCACCAAAACUUGUUUGCAAAGGGCCAAGUCUGCACAGGCCAGUACCGGAUGUUGGCCAAGAGAGGAGGCUUUGUGUGGGUGGAGACCCAAGCCACUGUCAUCUACAACAACAAGAACUCCCAACCACAGUGUGUCGUCUGUGUCAACUUUGUGCUCAGUGGCAUCCAGGAGGAGAAACUGAUCCUGUCUCUGGAGCAGAUUGAGGAUGUGAAGCCAGUGAAGGCGGAGCUGCAGCAGGGGGAAGAAAAGGCUGUAGUUGAGAGCAGCGAGCCUGAUAUCCCCAGAUCCCCAACCCCUCUGAAGGAGGAGGUGGAGGAGAAGGUCCCAGAGGUGGAUGUGAUCAAACUGUUCACUCAGGCAGUAGCGGCCCAGUCGCUGGUUAGCCUGUAUGACAGGCUGAAGGAGGAGCCUGAGGCCCUCACCCUGCUGGCCCCAGCUCCGGGAGACACCAUCAUCUCCCUGGACUUCAGCUGCCCUGAUUCAGAGAUCCCGAUGAUGAACGAUGUUCCUGUCUACAAUGAUGUAAUGCUUCCCUCCACCAGUGACAAGCUGGCUCUGCCUCUUUCCCCUCUGCCGCCCAGUGAGCCUCUCCACGUCACCACCGCAUCUGAGGAUGCAAAAGCUCAGCGCUAUAAACCAGCCCCGUCUACUACACCGGCCAGCUCCUCAGAGCCUGGCAGUCCGUUGGACUUUUGUUUCCCCAUGGAGUCAGAUAUGAGCUCAGAUUUCAAACUCGACUUGGUGGAGAAGCUGUUUGCCAUUGAUACAGAGCCCAAGACCCCCUUCACCACACAGGCACCGGAAGACUUCGAUCUGGAGACGUUAGCUCCCUACAUCCCCAUGGACGAUGACUUCCAGCUGCGCAGUGUGACCCCAGACGAGCCUCUAUCUUGUGAACCAGUCAAAUCCCGUCAGAGUUCUCCAGUAUGCGUCACACAGGACGUCCAUUGCUAUAAAUCACCAGGCAGUCGCACAGCUUCUCCGGCACCACCUGAGCCAGUAAACGCCUCUCAUCUUGCCACCAUCCUUGCUAAGAGGACCACACAGCUGGACAAAGAAGUAUCGCUCAGCACCCUGGCAGCUCAGAACACACCGCGUAAAAGAAAACUGUGUGACAUAAAAGAGAUGAUUGGAUUGGGAUCUCUGCGCCCGGAACAACUGGAGCAGGGCAAAAAGCUGAAGGCAUCAGAGUCAGGAACAACCACAACCAUACUUCUGCUGCCGUCAGAUUUGGCGAGUCGUCUGCUGGGCAGCUCGUCAGAGGGCACGAGUUCCCUCUUCACCCUGCCACAGCUCACCCGUGACGACUGCGAGGUCAACGCCCCCUUACAGGGUCGUCAGUACCUGCUGCAGGGGGAGGAGCUGCUGCGCGCUCUGGACCACGUCAACUGAGUCAUUGCUUAGCCUGCUCACUGCUGAACUAGACUGGACACUACAAUUUCUCCCUCAUAUUGUCACUCCCUCUCAAAGACCCCCCCACCCUACUACCCCUUAUUUAUGUAUCUGUUUGAGUUUGACUAUAGUUUUGCUGCUGUGUGGGCACAUCAUGUGAUAUCUGCAGCAUUCCACCGUGACAAACACCAUGGCAGCAUUUGGGUUUUGGUGCAAGGGAUUCAGACAUCAUGAGAUGUCCAAUUGUUGUUUUUUUUCGUUUUGUUUCCUCUCUCUUCGGGGAGUCUCUCAGCACACAGCGCCUCGACAGAUGACCCUUUUCCAGCAGGUCACCACAGAACCUGGCGCUACUGCCAGCAGUGUAUUGUAAGCUUCAGUCGCACAAUUUAUAUUUUCUUAAAAAGAAAAAUAUUACCAGCAAUAUAUAUUAAGCCUUUUUAAAGUCGUUUUAAUGGGAUUUGAACAAUUUUAUUUUUCCUCCCAUACUUGUAUGUUGUAGUACUCGUACCUAACAAGAUGUCUUUAGUCGAGAAGUAUGAACAUAUUGUUUAAACCUUAGGUGGUUUGAAUGUUAUCUCCAUUUAAUAGUUAUCAGUCUUUGAGGUAAAUGCAUUUAAUUGUGUAGCAGUCCAGUACAUGUCACUUUAUUACUUUACUGUAAGUGUGUGUUACUGUACAUAUACCAGGGAAAUUUGAAUUUACUCAGUAUGGCUUCACAGUUUUGACUCUCAAAAUGAAAUAUGAGUCUUCACUAUUUUUGUUUGCUUCUCAUCAUGGAGAAUUGGCAUUUUUCUCUUAACAUGAAGUGGAUUCAUGUUUUUGGUUUUUAAUGUGCGUGACAUACUCAAAAUGAGUCUGUUUUAAAGUAAGUAGGAUCUCGACAAUUCAUAUACUUGUGUGAUCAUAGUAGCAUUCGUGAGUUGUCAAACUUGUUUGCUUAGUUAAUGGUAGUCAGUUCAAUACCAUUGAUCCCUGCCAUAUUGUUGGGUCUCUCAUGCUUCUUGUUGCUGUCUAACAUUAAAUGGCUUUAAUGAA